CGCACAAGCUCGGGAACCACAAAUCGCGACUCUCCACGAAAGUGGGCGCCAUUCCCUCGACUUGUGUGUGGGCAGUUAGCGGCACGCCAAUGCUGAACAAGAUUCCGGAAAUUUUCGGGAUUUUCCGCUUUAUCAAGCUGAAGCCGCUCCACGAGUACUUGUGGUUCCAGGAGUUGUUGACGGGCAAACUCUCUGCGCAGAAGGAACGCGGCAAGGCCGUCGACGCCUUGGCCAAGCUGCUGGGCAUGAUCAUGCUACGACGAAAAAAAGGCCAGGAGGUCCUACGGAACGGGCGAAAGGAGAAGCUACUGGAGAUCGAGCAAGCUGCUGCGGAGGUGCGCGUCCCGAUGGAUCCUGAACAGGCAGCGGCCUACGCGAAGCUUUAUCGCCUGGCCUGUGACGCUGAAGAACGAGCGGAAGCGGAGAAGCAGACGAAAAAAACGUAUCCGUUUUCAUUUCUUUUUCUUGCGAAAUAGCUGAACACGAACAGCAGGUCAUCGUUGUCAAGACGUCAAUAUCGAUAUCCAUAUACCGUCGCAAUGUGGACUGGAUCUAGGUCGUGCGAUGGGAUGCAACUCUUAAGAAGUUACCUAUUUGCCUUAUUUCCACCUUCAAGAAGAAUGUCAUGCUCGCGGUCACGCUACCAUGCAACAGCAAAUUAUGCUUAUGCUACGAGAAAAAUUUUGAAGCGGCUCACAUUUCCCACAGGUCUUCUUCGACGGCAGAAGGGCAGCAGAAGUCGUCGCAUCUGGGCAACCCCAUGACCAUGAUUACGCGUCUACGCCAACUUUGCCAGAGCCAAGCCAUGCUGCCACCGGAACUUCUUGACUACCUGCAGAAGACAAGCGCGGAAAGUAUUGAUCUGCAACGGGUGGAAGAGAUCUUCGUGAAGUUCGGGCAACGGGAGAAAUUUUGGCUGGAGACCUUCACCGAGCGCGACGAAUGCCCAAUCUGCUUCGAGGACUUCGACGAAAUCCAGGGCGAUCGGUCAGUCACCGUCCGCUGCCCGGUAAUGCUCGAAUGUGGUCAUGUCCUUUGUGUCGACUGCAUACACAAGUGGAAACACACCUGCCCCGAGUGCCGCCAGCCGUUUGAUAAAAAGAAGGCAAAAAAACGGCCCGAAGACUACCUCGAGCAGAUGAAAGCGUACCAAGAGAAAGAGGAGAAAAGGAAGAAGACAAAACACGCAGACGCUGCCGUGGACGUGGUUGCCGCGAGCGCCUCGUCCGCUCAUGUGCAAGUAGAUGCGGAUCCGAAAACCCGGACUGUUGCGCAAUUGUUGCGUGCAAAAUUUGGCGGUCGCAUAAAACUCCGCCUGCCAGCGCAUGCGCAAGAGGACCGCUCUGUGACUCAUCUGCCGAGCCAAGCACAGGCGCAGCGACGCGAUGAAGGAAUGUUGGCGGAGAUGGAUAACGCGUUGGUCAAUGAGUACGAAGGGAGAUGCGGUGCCGCAGACGGGAAAGUCGUGAUCUUUUCCGAAUUUCGCGAACAGCUGCAGUUGCUGCAGACCGCACUUUUUUCCGAUGAGCAUAGCGAGCUGUACACUGUCCUAGAUGGCACAAUGACGGUCAAGGAACAGAGAUCAGCGAUCGAGGCAUUUCAAGAGCAGAACGCGAAGCCGUUGGUGAUGUUUGCCACGAAGACGGUCGCGGCAUUUGGACUAACCUUGACGGCCGCGGAUUGCGUUGUGCUCCUUCAUCCAUUCUGGAACGAGGCGGCCGAGUCGCAGGCCUUGGACCGCGUCCGGCGUCUCGGGUCGCGUUUCGACCGGGUCUGCUCCUUUAAGCUUAUCGCGACAGCCGCCCCGCCUGAUACAGACCCCGGCGGGGCGGUGAUGUCUCCAAGAAGACAACAGGAAGAAGCGGAAACCACCGUCAUCGAAGAGUGGCUCUGCGAGUGGCAGGUUGAGAAGAAGAACGCCAUUGCGGAAGGUCUGGGCGACAAAAACAAAAAAAAGCAGGAACCCAAUGACACCAAGAAAAAGGCCGCGGACUUCUUCAAGAAGGCACGAGCGCGGCGUGACGCAGCAGCGGCACCUUCGCCGGCGUCCCUGAAAAGACCGUCGUCCACCGAUCAUGGCGCCACAGGGGAUCUACUGGACGACGGCACUAGGCCCAAAAAACGCAGACGCGUUGCGCAGGAGUAAACAUCGAGGAAGGUCUUCUUACGGGGAGCUGGCUAGCAACUCCUGUAGCAGGCUAGAGCGAACCAUCUGUCUCGAUGAGCACCGUUUUCAUCUGUCAACACUUGACCACAAAACAAUGCCCCACAUAAUUCCCAUGUGAUCGGAAAACCACAUUAUUUCUUCUUUAUUUUCAUUCCCGACAAUGAUACCUCGGUCCAUUUUUGAUAAACUCAAAAUCGAUUCUCAACAUGGUCAAAGAAACAUCGUCCUUGAAGAUUCCGUAAAACCAUCUAGACGUGAGAAACCGAUUCUCGAAUAAGGAAAUCCUCUGCGAUGGGUGUUGUGGUGAAAACCAUGACAAAAGCUAC